GAGUCAUCCCAAUAGCUGGCUAGAGGUGGCCGGACCACCCCCAUAACCCUUGAGAGUGGUCCGGCCAUUAUGGACAGAUCCUAUGGACUGUGAUCUGUUUCCGAAAGUGGAGCACCUUCCAUUGCAAUUAUAAUCUUAACGAAGCAACCAGAGAACAGGGUUCGUAUUUUCUUCCGCCAAAAGCGAUGCUUUUUGAAGAAGCGUAAAAAAAAUGAUACUGUUUUACUGUUUGAGCGUAUUGCUGUCUUUUCGCUGACCCCACAGUGCACAAACUUUGCGGUUUGUGACUUUAUUAUCCCUCCAGUUUUCUCCCUCUUCUCACUUUCUUCUAUGUACUUCUAUACGUUGAAGCUCUUCUCGCCAUGCCGACACCGAGUUGGGUUUCUGUGCUAAGGAUGGAAAGAAUUGAGUGAAGGAUAUUGUUUAGAAGAGGGCUAUGGGGAGGCUUAGUUUUCUCUAUGGCCGUGUGCAGUGGACAUCUGCAACAAUUUGGUUCCUGGUUUUCUUAUUGUUCGUACUACAUACUACUGGAGGGACUUCAUCGGCUUCCCAUUAUUUGAUUGGUCUUGGAAGCUAUGACAUAACAGGGCCUGCUGCAGAUGUCAAUAUGAUGGGUUAUGCAAAUUUGGAACAGACUGCAUCUGGCAUUCACUUCAGGUUGCGAGCUCGUUCAUUUAUUGUGGCAGAACCGCAGGGGAGCCGCUUAGUAUUCGUAAAUCUUGAUGCCUGCAUGGCCUCACAAAUUGUUACUAUUAAAGUACUUGAGAGACUAAAAGCAAGGUAUGGGGACCUUUACACAGAGCAGAAUGUCGCCAUUAGUGGUAUCCAUACUCAUGCUGGUCCUGGAGGCUAUCUCCAGUAUGUUGUAUAUAUUGUAACAUCUCUUGGAUUUGUACGCCAGUCAUUUGAUGUAAUUGUUGACGGCAUUGAGAAGAGCAUUGUACAAGCUCAUGAAAGUCUUCGACCAGGGACAAUUUUUGUGAAUAAAGGAGAGCUUUUAGAUGCUGGGGUGAACCGUAGUCCUAGUGCUUAUCUCAAGAAUCCUGCAGAAGAGCGGGCUAAUUAUAAGUAUGAUGUUGACAAAGAAAUGACCCUCUUAAAAUUUGUGGAUGAUGAAUGGGGACCAGUAGGUAGCUUCAACUGGUUUGCUACUCAUGGAACUUCAAUGAGUCGUACAAACUCAUUAAUAAGUGGCGACAACAAAGGAGCCGCAGCACGGUUUAUGGAGGACCAGUUUGAACAGAAGGGUUUUCUGGAAGGUUUUGAUGAGUAUUUCAAUAAGUCUGGAACUGAAGGAAUCCCCCGACGAGUCUCAACCAUAGUUCCUAACCCAAAGAAAAACCGAAAUCAAUUUCUGAGACUUGCCGCCCACUUUCAGUUUUCUCAAGGACGGCCUGCAACUAGGUUUUCAAGUCUUGCUAGACGGGUCAGGAAUGCUUCCGGGCAAGCUGAUAGGCCUCAGUUUGUAUCUGCAUUCUGUCAAUCAAAUUGUGGUGAUGUAAGCCCGAAUGUUCUUGGUGCAUAUUGCAUAGACACUGGAUUGAGUUGUGAUUUCGAUCACAGUACCUGCAAUGGUAAAAAUGAAUUAUGCUAUGGUCGAGGACCAGGUUACCCUGAUGAAUUUGAGAGUACUCGUAUAAUUGGAGAUAGGCAAUUCAGAAAAGCUGUGGAAUUGUUUGGCGGAGCAACUGAACCCCUGAAAGGGAAAGUUGAUUACCGACACACAUAUCUAGAUUUCUCCAACCUUGAGGUUUCACUUCCUGAAGCGAGAGGGGGUCAUGAGGUGGUGAAAACAUGCCCAGCUGCCUUGGGCUUUUCUUUUGCUGCAGGGACCACUGAUGGUCCUGGAGCAUUUGAUUUCAAGCAGGGAGAUGAUCAGGGGAAUGUGUUCUGGAGGGUAGUGAGGGACUUGAUAAAGACACCGACUCAGGAACAGAUCAAAUGUCAGCAUCCGAAGCCUAUUCUGCUUGAUACUGGUGAAAUUAAGGAACCAUAUGACUGGGCACCCUCAAUACUUCCAGUUCAAAUUUUGCGGAUAGGGCAACUUGUGAUUCUCAGCGUUCCAGGAGAAUUCACAACCAUGGCCGGCAGGCGCCUCCGUGAUGCUGUUAAGUUGGUACUUACUUCUGGAAGUAAUGGAGAAUUUGACAAAAAUGUCCAUGUAGUCAUCGCAGGGCUGACCAAUACAUAUUCGCAGUAUGUGACCACCUUUGAGGAGUACCAGGUGCAAAGAUACGAGGGAGCCUCCACACUGUAUGGUCCACACACACUUGAUGCCUACAUUCAAGAGUUCAAAAAAUUAGCUGCAGCUCUUAUCAGUGGCAAAGCAGUUGAACCAGGCACCCAGCCCCCAGAUCUCCUUGGGAAGCAAAUCAGCUUACUUCCACCAGUUGUAGUAGACGCCACCCCUCCUGGCGUGAAUUUUGGGGAUGUCAAAACUGAUGUCCCUCCAAAUUCCACCUUCAAAAGGCGUGAAAUGGUCACAGUUACCUUCUGGUCCGCUUGCCCAAGGAAUGACCUUUUGACUGAGGCCACAUUUGCAGCGGUUGAGAUUCUGCAGGACCAAAAGACAUGGGCACCAGCUUAUGAUGAUGAUGAUUUCUGCCUGCGGUUCAAGUGGUCAAGGCCAGAAAAGCUUAGUCCUUACAGCUAUGCAACCAUGGAAUGGAGGAUUCCUGAAUCUGCAGCUUCAGGUGUGUACCGGAUAAGCCAUUUUGGUGCUUCAAAAUCACUUUUUGGGUCUAUUAGCCAUUUCACAGGAUCAUCUAGCGCCUUUGUAGUGGCAUAGAGAGGUGGCAAUAUACAUUGAACUCAUUGUUAAAGUUGUCAAUAUAUUCCACCAUGAGAAUUAUAUAAUCAUAUAUCUCUACUCA